UAAAGGGUAACUGUAUUGUAAUUGUUGCAUCUUUCUCUCUGCCUCAUCUCCAGCGUGUUUAUGGACCUCCACAGUGUUACAGUGUGUUCCUGCCUCCUGCUGGCCGCCUGCAGCUCCUACAGGAGGAGGAAGUGUUUAGGAAGUGGACACACAGCAGAGAGAGAGAGAGAGAGAGGAGGAAUAGAAGGAAAAGGGCGGAGGAGGAGGAGGAGGAGAGAGGGAGCUACCAGGAUCUACCAGGGGAUUCAGAGAGAAAUAUGAUAAACCACCACCGCGGGACAAUCUGUUAUAUUUAACAACAUAAACAUCAUAGGGGACUUUCUGUGGACACUCUUUGGAAGCUCAUUUUGUCUUGAACGGCGUGCUGUCCUAGUGUUAUUAUAAGCAGGACUACCUGUCCAUCAUCUGCUCCCGGGAAACAGCCAGUAAAGAGACAGAGUUCCUCCUGUUCCCACAUCCACAGUGUUGGAGAUGGAGGGGACCUGACACAGGGAGGUCUGAAUGCUGUAACACAGCCCCAGUCUAUAGCAGCAUCUUCAGUUAAAGUGGCAGUGACCGCCUGUUUACCUUCGAUUGGGAACAGCAGUGUCCAUCCUUCAGAAGAGCUCGUCUUGACGGGGCUGGUGGUUGGGCGGGCGGGCGUCGGGGAGUUUCAGGGGCCAUGCAUCAGGGGUGAGGGGGAUUUGCUGCGGGGGACACACACAGCGUCGGGUGAGGAGGAGGUCGGGGCAGGGUCGGUGUGGAGAUGAAGCUCAAACAGCGCAUGGUGGUGCUGUGUGCCGUGCUCCUCCUGCUGGGCCUGGCCAAGAUCUUCCUGCUGGAUGGAGGCGAGGGCUCCGCGGCCAGCCGGCGGGAUCUCAGAGCGUUUCGCAAGAUGGAAGCUGGCCUUUCUCUGUCCCGGGGAGCUCGCCUUACACACACUCUCCAGUCUCCGUGGGAGAUAGCGAGCCAGUGGGUGGGCCCGAGAGAGGUGUACCCCGAGGAGACCCCAGAGCUGGCUGCUGUGCUCACCUCCCUCAGCAGUGCCAGGAUAGAACGGGCCGACGUGGGCUAUAAGGGCACGCAGCUCAAAGCCCUGCUGGUGCUGGACGGGGGACAGAAAGUGGUCUUCAAACCCAAAAGAUAUAACAGAGACUACGUGGUUGAAGGCGAGCCAUACGCAGGCUAUGACAGACACAACGCAGAGGUGGCUGCUUUUCACCUGGACAGGAUCCUGGGGUUCAGGAGAGCGCCUCUAGUGGUCGGGAGAUACGUCAACGUGCGAACAGAGAUUAAACCCGUGGCCACAGACCAGCUGCUGAGCACGUUCCUGAUGCAGGGUAAUAAUACAUGUUUCUAUGGAAAGUGCUACUACUGUCGGGAGAGCGAGCCAGCGUGUGCAGAAGGAGAGAUCAUGGAGGGAUCGUUAACCCUUUGGCUGCCAGACGUCUGGCCGUUGCAGAAACACAGACACCCCUGGGGACGCACAUACAGAGAGGGGAAACUGGCCAGGUGGGAGUAUGAUGAGAGUUACUGCGAGGCGGUGAAAAAGAUGCCUCCAUAUGAUGCGGGGCCGAGGCUGCUGGACGUCAUCGACACAGCCGUAUUCGAUUAUCUCAUUGGGAACGCUGAUCGGCAUCACUAUGAGAGUUUCCAGGAUGACGGCGGCGCCAGCAUGCUCAUCCUGCUCGACAACGCAAAGAGCUUUGGGAACGCAGCUCUGGAUGAGCGAAGCAUCCUCGCACCACUCUAUCAGUGCUGCAUGGUUCGUGUGUCCACAUGGAACAGAUUAAACCUGUUGAAAGGUGGAGCUCUGAGUUCAGCUAUGCGGCAGGCCCUGGCAUUCGACCCCAUCCAGCCGGUUCUGGCUGAGCUGCACCUUGCGGCCCUGGACAGGCGUCUGUCCGGAGUCAUGGCAACAGUCAAGCAGUGUAUGGAGGCACAGGGCCCCGACAACACUCUAAUAGAGGACCGAAUGAACCUCCCACACCCCUAGAAACAAGGGGACAGGAGAAAACAUAGGAACAGGAAAAGCCAGGACUUUACCUCACAAGCCUGGAGAAGAAGAGGGCCUUGAGUGAAUAAAUGGGUCGACAGAGUGGAACAAAGACUGUAUUUCUUCCCACCCUGGUUCUUUACUUGUUUGACUGGAGUGGUUCUCUACAAGGAAUUCAAAGUUGUGUCACCUUCAACUAUAUCAACUUUUUCUCAGGACUGUUGUACAUUAAAGGACGGUAUCUGCUGUAAGAACCCCUCCCUCUACUACUCCUGGUUGUGACGACACUCCUGCCUUGUGCCAAAUUCUCCCUCCAAGUCCAGCUUCUCCUCAGGAGUCGACUAAGGAGGAAGGAUGGAGCUCGGAGAGAUGUAGACACUCAAAGGAGCAGAAGGGAAGGUGAAAAUGAGCCGCCGUUAAGCCGUGUUGCAGGCUGUUUGGAGCUUACAGUCCAAGAAACUGAAAAGUAGAUUAAAUUUAGAACUGACAUUUUUUUUUUUUUUUUUCAAAUUGAACUUUGAUUAGAAGGAAAGGAGAAUGAACUCAGCCCCUUCCCUCAUCAUUGUGUACAUAUUUAACUAAGUAGUGACAUAGAAUUAUGGGACGAAAGAAUAUACAUUUGUGGAUUAUAAUAUUAAAUAAACUUAAGGGUGUGUGUGCGUGUGAGCGAUUGUGGGUGUGUGUGUAUGUAUGGAAGAGCGCCAUAUUGUGCCGUAAAUAAGAAAAGCUACUGACAUGACAGACUUGAAGUGAGGGGACACAGAGGGCGGGUGUGUGGGUUCAUCUUCAGCAUUAAACUAUGAUCUAUUUAA